CCAGCUGCCUAGAGCGGCCCAUGUGAGCCGCUUCCGACGUUAGGGCGGAAGUCGCUCGGCGGGAACCGCUUCACCGUGAAGCGGCGUUCUCCGGGCCUGGGGAGAGGUGGGGAAGUUUGUAAGGGGCUCCCGGUUUUGCCGCCUCAGCACGGGCACGGUGGGAGUUGGUUAAACCGUUACAAAACGCUCAGCUUGAUCCUGGCGCGGGGCUCUCCUCCCUCCCGGGGAGGCUGCGAGCGGCCUGGGUUGAGCACGAACCGGGGCCUGCAUCCGCGGGUACCGGAAGGGGCCGUAGAGGACGCCGGGAAACCGGCGCGCGCACCGCGGGGCACUGUGGGUACGCCACCGCUUCCCGCCCCGCUCCUCAAUUUGCGUCGCUGUCGUAAAGACGCGGACUGGGCGCCGCGGCGAUGCUUUACGGCCGAGGCCGAGUUCCGCGCAUCUGAUUGGCUCCGCCGUGGCCGCGCCGCUUCCUGAUUGGCCCCGCCUGGGGCCGGGGGCGGUUUGAGCGGCAGCGCCCGGCGCGGCGGCGGCUCCGCGGCUCAGGCACGAUGCUGCCCCUGUCCCUGCUGAAGACGGCGCAGAACCACCCCAUGCUGGUGGAGCUAAAGAACGGGGAGACGUACAACGGGCACCUGGUGAGCUGCGACAACUGGAUGAACAUCAACCUGCGGGAGGUCAUCUGCACGUCCCGGGAUGGAGACAAGUUCUGGAGGAUGCCGGAGUGCUACAUUCGUGGCAGCACGAUUAAAUACCUGCGUAUCCCCGAUGAAAUAAUUGACAUGGUGAAAGAAGAGGUGGUGUCCAAGGGCAGAGGCCGUGGCGGGAUGCAACAGCAGAAGCAACAGAAGGGCCGUGGUGUUGGAGGUGCUGGACGAGGUGUGUUUGGUGGCCGUGGCCGAGGAAUACCAGGCAGCGGAAGAGGCCAGCAGGAAAAAAAGCCAGGCAGACAAUCGGCAAAGCAAUGAGAGGCUGUCUGCACCCUGGCUGGGGACAGUGCUGCGAUGCCGUUUUGUUUUUUAUCACCUCAGGAUUGCCACGUGUUCAAAAGCGUUACCUUUCUACUCUUCCGUCAGUUGAUCAGUGCCCGAAUCAUGUAGGUUGGAAGCCCCUCACAAUGUAAUCUGGUAAAGUGGAGUUACUCACUCCUGGUAGUCAGCAAGUCAUUGAAAAUAUUUAAAAAAAAAAAAAUCAUUCAUGGUUAAGGACCUAAGUUCUGCCUUCUCCUGAGAGUGAAAGCACUAUUUAAUUUUUCAGGGUCACCAGGUUUAAUUUAAAAGAUUAACCAUGUGCAGUGGGAUAAAAAUGAAGGCAAACACUUUCUGGGUUGUUUGGAUUUUUAUUUUUUUUUUUAUACUUGAAACUUGGGAAACUUGUUGCAUUUGUAACUGAUACAAGUGUUUUAGUUUAAAAACACUGAUCUUGAGGAUAUUGUAUCUUUAUGUGAGUAGUCUUAGAGGUUUUUUUUAAAAAAAAAAAACAACAACAAACUUUUAAGCUAUUGCUUAUCUUCUAUUUCUGGCCAGUCAGUUCUGUCUCUCUCCUAUGGCUUAAAGGAGAACUUGGGAUGAACGUUGCAUUGGCCUUCAAGGUUUGUUUCCAAGAGAGCUUUGUGAUUAACGACGGUUUCCCAAUUAGUGUAUUACUAAUUUGACUUCAGAUUUGAAGUUUCCUUUAAAGGAAAGGAUUUUCUGUGUUUUCUUGGGGAAGGCUGGUGUGCCCCUUACUCUGUGUUUUGUUUUGGUGGGGUUUUGUGGGUUGUUUUUUUUUUCUGAAAAGCAACCGAGCUGUUGAGUUGAAGUGAUUUAUUUCCCCGCACACACUUUGAAAACUCUCUCCCUUGCGCCUGUGAAAGUCCUGAACUCUGACAAUAUUUCUCAAGCUUAUUUCUUCUGGUACCUAGUGACUGACUUCACUAUAAGUACUUGUCGUUUCCUUUUCUAGUCACCGAUUAUCUUUCCUUGGGGACACAGACCAGCGUGCGAGCGUGUCCCUCCUGUAGGUUACGAAAGCUCCUGUGAAUUCCCAGGUCGGGUUGUUCCAGUCUUCCAUCCCACGGGGUGCAGGGUCCCACAAGCAAAAUGCACCCACAAAAUAUCCUGGCUGAUCUGAAUUGAAUGUCUGCAUGGAGGCACGACGGGGAGAAAGAGGCUCUGGCUGUGCCUCAACCCCCCGAACGGAUGAAAUUGCUUAAUUUUAGGGGAAAAGCUGAUAUUGUGACUUGUUCUGAACAGGUUUUUUGGUUUUGGUUUUUUUGGUUUUUUUACAACCGAGUCCUGUAUCGAAGCCUACUCUCUGCCAUCACCACUGUAUUGAAAAAUGAGUAAAGAACAUGCUUUUAUAUAUACUUAUUUUUUUAAUGUUUAUAGAACUUGUGCGCAGUGGUGAGUAGGAAUAAAUCACCAACCUGUACGAAA